GGACUUGUAAACACGCUUGUCUUAGACAUUUGGUGACUUUCUGCGGACUAGAUCGUCCCUGUUUCGCUCGUCGAAACGGGCCGUUUUACGAUUCUAAGUUCCGGAAGAAGCUCUUCGCCCUGCCCGUCAUCGACCGUAUUUUCUUCAGAAAACCUUGCGCGAGCUAUUGGGGAAUACGGAGGGGCAAUUUUGAAGGCGCCAAGGACUUAAUUUCGUCGUUGUCAUGUGCUUGGCCCGCGGGUGCGGUGUUUGUUCGUAGCCGCGUCGCGAUGGCAGUCUGCGCUUCGUCCCGCCCAAUGCUGACCGUCUCCUGAUUGAGGGAACUGACCUCUGAACCGUGUGCUUUCACGGACUGGACCUUGUGAUGAUCGUCGCACGUCCAAGCAAGACAAGUCCCGGAGGGCCUCCUGAUCGACCAACCCGCCGUCGCCGUGCUCCCGAUUCGCCUCCUGCUGUCGGCGUCGUCGCCGCCGUGAGCGACACCCCCACCACGCCGCGUCCCGUGCCGCUUCACCACCAGAGUCGGCCGUCGUGCCCGGCGCCCGCCGACCCGUUCCGCUUCCGCGAGAUGGACGCGCUCACAGAGAUGGGCGUGGCGUACGCUCGCCAGGUGCGAAACGUGCGCCGUGCCGUGCUGGCCGACACCGGCGCCCUGCGCCAGUUCACGAGCCCCGGUCGCAAGGCCGUCGAGGAAGUGGAAGAGGGCCUGUUCCAGGUGCAGAGGAUGCACAGCCAUCUCGUGGCCAGGGCCAACAACUUAGUGUACAGGUUACAAGAUGUCUUGCUCCAGGAGGAGUCAAACCGACUGAGAAAACAGAUGCAUUGGAUCGCAACACUGCCAGCCGAAAAGCAGACAUCGCAGGUACGGGAUCGGGAACACGAUCUGAUAGUGAGGAUAGUACGGAUAGUGAACAAGAGGGACGCGAUCUUGGCCGAGCACCAUGUGGAGCAGCGAAGGGCUGCAAACGAGCUGCGUCAGAUGGAGAAGGAGUACCAACGGUGGCGAAGAGCCUUGGGCGAUGAGGACUCCGAGUUCUGGGGCGAGUCAUCGGAAACCUACGAUCUUGGCGCCCCUUUUCCAGACUGGACGCGGCCCUCGACGGCGACGGCGACGAGCGCUGCGAAGAAGACCACAAGCAAGACGUUCCUGACGUUUCGCAGCUUCAAAAGGCGCGUGGCCAAGACGGUCGGCAGAGUGGCGUCGCCAAAGAAGAAGAAGGGAAAGCGGUCGCCGACAGCACCAGCGCAGUCGACAAGCACUGAACUGUGCUCCUCCAAGCUGUGAUGCCCGCAGUUGUCCUCGCGUGUUCGUCACGUGUCUUUUCGAAGACUCAUCUACAGGGUGCCGCGACGUCGUUGGGCCCGCGCUUCCAGUUGUAUGUGUUUGCACGCUUGUGCGUGUGUGGAUGCUGGGAGGUGACGGGAGCACGCGAAUCGAAGCGCCCGCAGCCACGAACGAACAAUCGGACUCUUGCAGCCACAUCGCAAUGUAUUCUGUGCCUUGCGCUGUUGUCGUUACAGUUCCUAUACAGAGACUAUUUCGAUCAAUUGCAGCCCCGGGGAAGUGUGUGCCGGGCAUUUUUGAAAGUGACUUUCACUUUUCCUCGAAACCCCACCCCUCUCGUCGGCGGCUUAACUGCACCUCGAAGUGUCAAUCAAAUGUGCCAUUUGAAAGCCACAAUGUCGACAAUGAAGGCAUGUACAGUGUGGGCUGCCGUUAUGAGGAAUGUCUUUUCAAACGUACCACUACCAGCUGCACCAGUCAUACUUAAGGAGAAGCACAAAAAACAGUGGGAAAUACAGAAGACGCUCACAGCACUGAGGUGUGGGCUUCUCCUUCUGUAUGUCGUGUCAUUUUUUUCGUUUUGUUCUUUGAAGUACAUGCAACAAGCGCAACUAUCCACACUUUUGCAGCAAUCAAUUUUAUCAAAGGGGAAACGCAAAUUCUGUUUCUACACAUCAAGUGCACCUCGUACAUAAUGAGUGACGUUUCUUUUCUCUUUCUGGGCCAGCGAUGAGGAUAGUUGCCGUUCUAGAAAAUCACCGUUGUAAUGCUUGCAGCUUUUGCAGCUAGGAUCUGGCAGUACUUUUUAAUGUUAAUCGCACAGUGUGUACAGUAUUUAUAUUUAUUACUGGCCCUUCAAAUGCUCAAGUGAGACAAACGUAACAUAGAGAAUUUGGGCACCGACUAAGGGAACAGACCAGAGCAAAACAUUCGUCCCGACCCACUCCCCGUGUUGAAGUUUGCACUUUUUCUUGCUUAGCGUAAUGGACCCAACAAUUGGAUCACUAUAAACGCGGCCAUACUGUCAACCCCAUAUAUGUGAAAUAUGGCACACUUUUUAUCGCUUCUUAUGACACUGAAUGGGUUUGGCUAAAUUGCGGUUACACUGAGUUUAUUCUUUUCUGAAUGUGCUCUUCAGGGCAGGUCAUGCUGCACAUGUGUCAGGUUGCAUACAUUUUGCUGCAUUCACUCUAGUGUGAAUAUCUGGCGGAAGGAUGUGUACACACAAACAUCCACUUAUGUCGUCAACCUAGUGAUCAUAGAAUCCCGAAUCAGCACAGGGUCCAUGAGAGGCCAGUCAAAACGAAGCUGGUCUUCAAAUUGUGAUUAUGUAGGAUUGGUUAACGUGUGUCUAAAUAAGAGUGUUAUCACGCCACUGUGGCUUACCACGAGGUUGCGGGUUCGAUUCCCCAACGCAGCGGUCGUGUUCUGAUCGGGGACAACAUCAGAGUGUUUGUGUACGAUGCUUUAGGGGCCGCAUUCUGAUCAGGGACAGCAUUAGAGUGUUUGUGUACAAUGCUUUGCGGGCAUUCUAAAGAACCAUAUAUGGAGAAGAUUAACUCUUCAACUUCAUCAUCUUUCAUAACUGGUGGGCCAGUUGGUUAGUCAUGGUAGCUUACGGCAGCGUGCAUCAGAAUGAUAGACAACACAGAACAUAAGAAUAGACAACAACAUAAGCGUUUACAUAUUUUUCUAUUCUUAUGUUCUGUGUCAUCCUUGUUACUGAUGCAUGCUGCUACAAGCUAUAAUUGGCAUAUUACAUUGGACGUUAAGCCUCACAGCUCGCUGCAGUUAUUUUUUCAUUUAACUUCUGUACAAUGCACCACUGCUGCAGCUGGGAAUCUCACCCGUGACCUCAUCCAUCGAACCACUGCAGCAAGUGUUAACUGUCUCAGUUUUAUAAGCAUAGCUGUAGCACUUUAUGAAGGCCUUACACGUGUCUGUACCCCCUUCUGCAACUUUCAAAGCAACGGCACGAUAAUUGCUUACUACGUGACUGUUGUGAAAAACAUUUUCAUGGCCUUUUUGCCGCAAUGCUGUGUUGUGUACAAAAAGGAAAAGCAUGCCCCAUGCGUUACAUGCAGUGCCUUCUAUGAGCCAUUCAAAAGCUGGUCGGUUCCAUUUGCCGAACUGUCAGGCAUGCCUGUACUUGAGCAUUUGCGUCUACAUUGUGUUGUGUUGUUUAUAUCAGUACGACAGCUGUCGCACAUUUUGGAUACGCAGUUGUACGCCUUUGAGUGUGCUCCGUUAGAACGCGAAGUGUUGACAUGAACAGCAACGUUUGUGUUCUUCCCAACAAGCAUCACUGAGUGCAGUGGUCUCUUUGUGGGCAUUAAUGGCAGUCUGAGACUGUCGAUGAAUGUGCCAGUGACGUUUAAUUGUCGCUACAUGACUUCCUUGUAAAUUUGCACAAGCCUUAGUGGUUGUCAGUGCCUAUGCGGUCGACAAACUUCACUGUGUUGUCUUCGUUGUCACGUGGCACAUGCCUAGUUGUCCGAUGACAGUAGCCUGUAGUGCCUUUAAUGUAACUUAAAUAUUAUUGGCUGCAUUGUUUUGUUGCUUGUAAACAGCCGUCAAACGGCAAACACAUUCGCCAGCAUCUUACUGCAAAACGAGACAGACAUCCACGGUGUUUUUUUAUAAUAGCUUUGAAGCACAGCUGUCAACAAAGCAUGCAGCUCACAAAAUCAAGGUAGAGUUGAGUACAAAAUGUGCAGUAUGGUGCAGUGUCUCCGAUGUAGCAUGUGGAAAGAUGGUCACUACAGCUAUUGGAAACGUAAAAGGUAGUACAUCUAGUCAUGUGGUAUAUUACCGGUGGCAUUGUGUCUCUAAGGCAAUCUUGUAAUGUGUGAGCAUUCUGUUUGUGUAAUUCAUGUCACGUUUUGCUGUUGAUCUCAAGAAGGCCGUUUUGAGCACCAUAACAUCAGGAGUUGUCAUCACAUCAGGAGUUUAUCGUUUUUGCCACAUGCGUUGAGAGACUACUUUCCUCACAGAAUUAGCAAGUUGCCUUCUCCCGCCAAAACAAAAUGAAAGGCGACACAGUGCCAUAGCUUCACGUAUACCUGCUGAUGGAAGCUUGUAACAUCUAUAGGCAGCCUAAUAAUGUCUUUACUUGUCAGUAUUUUGUAAAAGUGCCUGUUUGCCAUUCACAAGUGAUGAAAGCACCCUGCUGUUGACAUUUCCGGAAUAUCUUGGUUAUUUCUUGCUUAACAAUUCCUCAGGCACACACAUAUAAUUGCAGCUACUUUCGCACCAAGGCAUUGCUUCCUGUGCAUGUUUCGAUUCGUUUUGAUUAAUUACACCUAUUUUAGGAUGAUGAUGUUCGCGGUAGCUUGGGAUGUUAUGGUAGUGGGUGAGCAGGAUUUGAGCAUCUUGUAAUGGCAGCAGUGUCACUUGGUAAGCAAAACCUUCAAUUCGUUCACUAUUGGGCGGAAAGCUGCUCAGUAAAGCCUCACUCAUUGAUUGGUGACAUGCUCUGCACUGCUGUGAUUCAGACGAGUUAAACUAGUGGCAAAAGUUUAUGGCACAAGAAAAAAAAAAUAAUCAUUAGUUUCGCCCCAAAAUGUGAUACACUAGCUGCUAGUAAUGCAUUAGGGAACCGUGCCAAGAAGGGUUCGUCGUACUGUCAGCUGUUUAAAUUGCACUAAACAUUAGCAUGUUAAGUUCAAAAGCUAGGUAUCACACGUGCAGAGCCAUACAGAACGCAUCAACGUAUCGUGCUUCACUGCAAACGAUAGCUGUCACAACACAGGCAUAAGUGCACACAGCUGAGAGAAUCCAUAUGGACCGAUGUCCGUUUUUGGCUGGAUAUAUAUUUCCUCAGUACAAUGCACCAACUAGCCCGACAACUUGUUAUAGUGACGUAAGCAGCAAGGAAUUGAGAACAAAUUUAGCAAAAAGAUUGUGCCCUUUCAAAAUGCUCAUGCUGCAUGGACUGCUUACCUUGAUGUUUCAUGUUGGCUUGUGUCAACAUUUUUUAUUUCUUUUCGCUUGGAGCAACGUCACAUAUGUCAUAAUCAAUGUCGUAGGUUGCAAGAAGUAGCCGAGCCAUGUGAUGCGUCAAUAAGUGCCAUGUAGUUGCUCAUCGUUUCUAUCCGCACACUUGUGAUGUUGGCAAUUUAAAUGCUGUUCAGGUGUGCCCGCAUUGUUUGUGCUUCCAUUGAAAGUAAAUGCUUUACUCAAGCCUUGUGCAGUUCACAUGGAAACCUUCGGUUCUUCGCGCUGUGACGAGUUCACUGCAACCUUAGUGUGAAAUGUUUUUUUUUUUUGUAUGUGGCCUCUUUGUGUGACACUGUGUUGUUGUGAAUAGCUGUGGCACAAUUUGACAGGCGGCUUUUUUGGUGUGAUGCGACAUAUCGGAAAUUGCCCUAGUCACCGAUACGCUGUUGCCCUGUCACAUGCAAUGUACAGCAAAAAGAGUAUUUUAUCGUAGUGAAUGUUUCGAGUUUUGCUCUCAAAUCCGCAAAAAUAAA